UUCCCCUCCCCCAACCCUCCACCCACCAUGAAACCCCCCAAGCUCGCCCCCAUCGGCCCGGUCCUCGGCCGACCUAUGGAAGAUGUUCGCUCCACCUACUCCAUUGGCAAGGAGCUCGGCCGCGGCCAAUUCGGCAUCACCCACCUCUGUACUCAUAAAUUCACCGGCCAACAAUUCGCAUGCAAGACAAUCGCCAAACGCAAGCUCGUCAAUGCUGAGGACAUCGAAGAUGUUCGCCGCGAGGUCCAAAUCAUGCACCACCUCACCGGCCAGCCCAACAUCGUCGAGCUCAAGGGGGCCUAUGAGGACAAACAUUCAGUGCACCUAGUUAUGGAGCUUUGUGCCGGCGGAGAGCUUUUCGAUAGGAUUAUUGCGAAGGGGCAUUACACUGAGAGGGCGGCCGCGGCCCUAUUGCGAACCAUCGUGCAGAUUGUUCAUACUUGUCAUUCCAUGGGGGUUAUGCAUAGAGACCUCAAACCAGAGAACUUCCUAUUGCUCAAUAGAGCGGAAGAUGCUCCUCUCCAAGCCACUGAUUUUGGACUCUCCGUUUUCUUCAAGCCAGGUGAGGUCUUCAAAGAUAUAGUUGGCAGUGCUUAUUACAUUGCUCCUGAAGUACUGAAAAGGAAAUAUGGACCGGAAGUUGAUAUAUGGAGUAUUGGUGUUAUGCUUUACAUUCUCUUGUGUGGUGUUCCUCCUUUCUGGUCAGAGUCUGAGCAUGGAAUUUUCAAAUCCAUCCUCGAAGCAUCCAUCGAUUUGAAGAGUGAACCCUGGCCAAGAAUAUCAGACGGUGCAAAGGACCUUGUCAAGAGGAUGCUCUGCAAAGACCCGCAGAAGAGGUUAACAGCAUUUGACGUUCUCAACCAUCCAUGGAUUAAAGAAGAUGGAGAAGCACCUGACACACCUCUUGAUAAUGUCGUUCUCAAUAGGCUAAAGCAAUUCAGAGAGCUAAACAAGUUCAAGCAAGUUGCUUUGAGGGUCAUUGCAGGAUGCUUAUCCGAGGAAGAGAUUAGGGGCCUUAAAGAGAUGUUCAAAAACAUUGAUUCUGAUAACAGUGGGACUAUAACAGCCGAAGAGUUAAGGCAAGGGCUGCUAAAGCAAGGAACAAAGCUUUCAGAAGCUGAAGUUAAACAGUUAUUGGAAGCCGCUGAUGCAGAUGGGAAUGGAACUAUUGAUUACGAUGAAUUUAUCACUGCAACAAUGCACUUGAAUAGAAUGGACAGAGAAGAACAUCUUUUUACGGCAUUCCAAUACUUUGAUAAGGAUAGCAGUGGGUUCAUUACAAAAGAAGAGCUUGAGCAAGCCCUAAAAGAAAAGGGAUUUUAUGAAACCAAUGACAUAAAGGAAAUGAUCUCCGAAGCUGAUUCUGACAAUGAUGGAAGAAUCAAUUAUGAGGAGUUUGUCGCAAUGAUGAGGAAAGGAAAUUCAGAUGCUGCUAAUCCAAAGAAGAGAAGGGAUGUUGUUCUGUAAGCUGGAACAAACUAAAUAGAAAUAUAAAAAGGAUCCUUUUACAGAAUU